AUUCUCUCUCUCCCUCUGCUCUCUCUCUCUCUCUCUCUCUCCCCCUCCCUCACUCUCUCUCCCAUAUAUUGACACAGCAUUCCACAUUUCUUGGUUCAUUGUAGCCUAUUGGUACAAGUUUGGAAAGAUUACACUAAAUAUAACAUAUAUAUGUGAUGGCCUUGUCCUCAGCCAAGAAAAAUAUGAUUCUACCUCUGAUACUUGUAUGUUUCUUUUGUUCUCCACUUGAUAGUUAUGGUGAUGAUUAUAAGAUUUACCAGCCCGACUGUUUAACCAUUCCGGCCACCGAGUUUUUGAGCUCAUUGAAGACCACCAUUGACGUUGUCCAACAAGUCACCUCCAUUGUUUCUGAAUUUAGCCGAGGUUUCCUCGAUUUUCGGCUGUCCAAUGCCAUUUCUGAUUGCCUUGAUCUGCUUGAGCUCUCCACUGAUGAAUUAGUCUCCACUCUUUUACUCACUCAGAACCCCCACAAUAGUCAAGACAACAGCACGGGGAAUCUGAGCGCGGAUUUGAAGACGUGGCUCAGCGCGGCAUUGAGCAAUCAAGAUACUUGUGUUGAAGGUUUUGAUGGUACUAGAGGCUUUGUUAAAAGUUUAGUGGCAUCUGGCCUUGAAGAAAUUUCUUCAUUAGUCCGCGUCAUUCUUGCCAAUGUGAAAUCACCUCAUGAUCGAAAGAGUGGUAGCAGGAGGCGUCAUCAUAGGCGCGGUGACAUGCCAGGGUGGAUGCAUAAGAGGAAGUUGAUUGGUGGGAGAGAGUUUCCAGAAUGGGUCAAGGCAAGUGACCGGAAGAAGUUGUUGCAGGUUAAUGGAGUGGUGGCGGAUUUGGUGGUGGAUGUGAAUGGAUAUGGGAAUUUUACCACAUUGAGUGAUGCUAUUAAGGCGGUACCAGACUAUUCGACGAAUAGGACUGUGAUUUAUGUGAAGAAAGGAGUGUACAAAGAGUAUGUGGAAAUUAGUAAGAAGAAAUGGAAUGUAAUGUUAGUUGGAGAUGGCAUGGAUGUGACUAUUAUUUCUGGUAAUCACAGCUUCAUUGGCGGUUGGACCACUUACAGAUCGGCAACAUUUGGAGUGAAGGGUCGUGGAUUCAUAGCCAGGGACAUGACAUUUGAGAAUACAGCAGGACCUGAAAACCAUCAAGCUGUCGCAUUCCGAUCUGACUCUGAUUUAUCAGUUCUUUAUCGGUGUGCAAUGAGGGGUUACCAGGACACACUGUACGCUCACUCACAACGCCAAUUCUACCGUGAAUGCCAUAUUACAGGCACGGUAGAUUUUAUCUUUGGCGAUGCAGCUGCAGUAUUUCAAAAAUGCCAAAUUUUGGCACGGAAGGGCUUACCGAAUCAGAAGAACACAAUUACAGCUCAAGGCCGAAAAGAAGCAGCAGAAACUACAGGUUUCUCUAUUCAGUUCUCAAACAUAUCAGUGGAGCCGAAUGUGGUAUCUAAUUCAACUGGAAAUUCCACGUUAACGUAUCUUGGAAGACCGUGGAAAUUAUAUUCAAGAACGGUUGUAAUGCAGUCAUAUAUCAGCAAUGCCAUAAGGCCGGAAGGGUGGCUAGAAUGGAACACAACAUUCGCGUUGGAUACAUUAUAUUAUGGAGAGUACAUGAAUUAUGGUCCGGGGGCUGGCUUAGGCAACCGAGUGAAGUGGCCAGGUUAUCGCGUCUUAAAUACUACAUCGGAGGCCAAUGCUUUCACAGUGGCUCAAUUUCUUCUGGGUAAUUCUUGGUUGCCAUCAACUGGUGUAAAAUACACUGCUGGAUUGGUGGUCUGAGCACUCAAAACCCUGUUAUCACUGCUCUGUUUUCUCAGUUGUACACUUUUUAUUUCUGUAUUUUUUUGUUUAUAGUAAUUGUUAGAGGUCUUGGGGAGGUAAUUGUGCUCCACAUAUUAAGUUUGAGUUGGCAUUUCAAAAAAGAAAAUAAAGAGAUAUACCAUACUUGUAUUUUAAGAUCAAGUGUGACAGAAGCUUCUUUUUUUUCUUACUUGAAAUGUUAACUUCUCAUUUGCCCUUUCUGAGGAACUGAGAUUUGUGGAUUCUAUCUAAUUUAAAGAACUAUUUUGUGGUUA